AUAUAAGAUACAUGCAUUAGGGGAGAAAAUUUAAACAACAAUUAUUAUGGCAAGACUUGUUGUUUGAUGUUUACCAAUUUUGCAUGUCCAUAAAAUUGUACACAGAAAUUGGUUUACUUAUGAAUUUCUAAAUGGGAAAGCGAAGAAAUUGGUUUACUUUUGUCAAGAGACUUUUCAUUCCUGAGACAAAACCAACAGCUGAUCAAAAGAAACCAAAGAAAUGGAAAUGUUUUUUUGGAAGGUGCAAGUUGAGGAAAUGUAUUGCUAUAGAAGCACCUGAGAAAACAUUAAAUGAGGCAAAAGAAGAGCAGAGGAAACAUGCUUUGGCUGUAGCUAUAGCAACAGCAGCAGCUGCUGAGGCUGCUGUUGCUGCUGCUAAUGCUGCUGCUGAUGUUAUCCGUCUAACGAAUGCUCCAAAUGAAUUCAAAACGAAACGUAAAGAUGCUGCCAUUAAAAUCCAAAGUGCUUAUCGCGGCCACCUGGCAAGGAAAGCAUUAAGUGCUCUAAAGGGACUAGUGAAGCUUCAAGCAGUGAUUCGAGGUGAAAUUGUGAGAAGAAGACUCAUUGCCAGAUUGAAUUUCAUGUUGCCUCUUCAAAAGCCAAAGGCAAGAGUUUAUCAAAUUAGACUCCCUACUUUAGAAGAUUAUCACGACUACAGCGACAAGAAACUCAUUAAUAGCCCAAACGAGAGCAUGAAAUCUAAAGGAUUAAAGCUUAAAUGCAAGAGCCAUAGGACUUGGGAUUUCAACUUGGCUUCAGUACAAGACACUGAAGCCAUGUGGUCAAGAAGAGAAGAAGCCAUUACCAAAAGAGAGCAUUUGAUGAAAUACUCGUUUUCACAUCGGGAGAGAAGAAAUGAUCAAACUUUAGAGGAAUUAUUAACCAGCAAGAAAAACCGAAGAAGCUGCAGGUUUGAUCAUCAGUUGGCAGAAAUUGAGGCACCAAGAAAAGCAGAGUUAUUCGAUCAAUUUACAGACUCAAAUGUUCCUCUAGCUGACAUGAACGGAAUGACGACUGAACUUAAAGUGAGGAAAGUGAUUAGAUCAGAUUUCAUAGAGGAACUACAUUCUCCUUCUUCACUACCAAGAAGAUCAUUUUCUAAUGUAAAACAAAAAUCAAAUGUUGAUGUUAACUCUUUACCAAAUUCUCCUAUAUUUCCUACUUACAUGGCUGCCACAGAAUCUGCAAAGGCAAAAACAAGGUCAAUGAGCACGCCGAAGCAACACCUAAGGUUACACGAAACAUAUUCUUCAGGUCAACAUUCUCCUUACAAGCUCAAGGUUUCCUCUUGGAAUUCAUUUAAUGGUGAAAUGAAUGACAGUACCAGAAAGAGCAGAACUUGUAGCAGAUAGCUCUGAGUGUAUUACCAAGAUUGAAGAAAUACGUUUUUUCUAGAUCCUAUAUUUGCUAUCAAGCAUAUUCUAGAUGAACAUUGCUACCUCCUACUAACACAAGUACUGAGUAACUCUGUCCACCAAACAUGAGUGUCGUACAUUAUUGACGUGUUCUAUUCAGUACUUCCAACAAAGGAAAGCAGAAAACUCCUAAAUUUGCACCAUUACUUCUGGACUUGAAAACAAUCAGAAAAUGAAGCUGCUUGAGUAAUCUAUCCACAGUUGAUUGAUGAAAGCCAGUGCACAUCUUUUGUUACUGGAUUAACACUUCAGAGACUUGCCACAAUGUGUAUAUAGUUCAAAGUUUGUUAUUCCUUGUUUUAUUUAUUUAAUUUUUUGUGUGAGUUGAGUAUGUUAGGCAGAAAUUUUUUGAUGUUGUUUGGUGGCCUUUUACCUGGAAACAUUUCUAAGUUUGGUAUUUGA